UCCAAAUCCAUAGAAAUUAUCGAUCAGGUGGAAGUAUACUUAUGAAGCUUUGUCUGAUGCAUGCAGAGGGAAGCAGAAAGUUGUAGCAAUGCAACUGGAAAUGCGCACCAAAGUGAUGGAGCUAGCUGUCCUCCUCUUGGUCGCCGGCGUCGCCGGCGCGACCAGGCCGCCGUCGUCGCCGCCGCCGGCGUCGGAGGAGACGCUCCAGAAGGUGGCCGGGUCGCUGGAAAUGUACGUCGACGAGCUCCCUCAGAUGCCCAAGAUCUACGGCUUCUCCAUGAGAUACGGCCACCCUACGCCCGUUCGCCUCACCAUCGGCAUGUACCAGAAGAAAUGGAAAUUCCACCGCGACCUGCCGGCGAGCACCGUGUUCGUGUUCGGGACGUCGGCGGCGACCGCCACCUUCCCCGGGCCCACCAUCGAGGCGGCGCAGGGGGUCCCACUGUCAGUGACGUGGCAGAACUACCUGCCCGCGCGCCACAUCCUCCCGUGGGACCCCACCGUGCCCACCGCCAUCCCCCGCCGCGGCGGCGUCCCCACCGUCGUCCACCUCCACGGCGGCGCCCACCCGCCGCAGUCCGACGGCAGCGCCUUCGCCUGGUUCACCGCUGGCUUCGGCGAGAAGGGCCCCGCGUGGUCCACGCCGACGUACACCUACCCGAACGCGCAGUCCCCCGGCGUGCUCUGGUACCACGACCACGCCCUCGGCCUCACCCGCGCCAACCUCCUCGCCGGACUCCUCGGCGCCUACGUCAUCCGCAACCCGGCGGUGGAGGCGCCGCUCGGCCUCCCCUGCGGCGACGAGUUCGACCGGGUGCUCAUGCUCGCCGACCGGAGCUUCUACGCCGACGGCUCCAUCUACAUGAACUACACCGGCGACAACCCCAACAUCCACCCGCAGUGGCAGCCGGAGUACUUCGGCGAGGCCAUCACCGUCAACGGCAAGGCAUGGCCGUUCCUCGCCGUCGCCCGCCGCCGCUACCGAUUCCGCAUCAUCAACACCAGCAACGCGCGCUUCUUCAACCUCUCUCUCACCAACGGCCUCCCCUUCACCGUCGUCGGCUCCGACACCAACUACCUCUCCAAGCCGGCCACCGCCAGCAACAUCCUCGUCUCCGUCGCCGAGACGUUCGACGUCGUCGUCGACUUCUCCGAGUCCACGACCUCCGAAGCGGAGCUGGUCAACACGGCGCCGUACCCGUACCCCGGCGGCGACGCGCCGAACGACCUCAACGGCAAGGUGAUGAAGUUCUUGAUCGCGCCGGCGAAGGCGAGGGACGACUCCAGGGUUCCGGCAAAGCUUCUCGACUACGUCGCCGUCGCCGAGGAAGAUGCAGUGCAGAAGCGAUACAUCGUGAUGUACGAGUACGAAGACGCCGCCACCGGCAACCCGACUCACCUGUACAUCAACGGGAAGCGGCUGGAGGACCCGGCGACGGAGACGCCGCGGGCGGGGACGACGGAGGUGUGGGAGGUGAUCAACCUGACGCAGGACAACCACCCGCUCCACCUCCACCUCGCGUCGUUCCAGGCGGUGCGCGUGCGCGGGCUCGUCGACAUCGACGCGUUCAAGAGCUGCAUGGCGCGGCUCAACGACGCGGUGAGGUGCAACGUGAGCCAGCACGCCGUCGGCGAGGAGGUGGCGGUGCCGGAGCACGAGAAGGGGUGGAAGAACGUGGUCAAGAUCGCGCCGUCGCACAUGACGACGAUCGUGGUCAAGUUCUUCAUGGUCGAUUCCGGCAAGCCGUAUCCGUUCGACGCCACGCCAGAGCCCGGCUACGUCUAUCAUUGCCACAUUCUGGAUCAUGAGGACAACGCCAUGAUACGCCCGCUAAAGCUGAUCAAAUGAAAACAUCUGUAAGGAUCAUGAGGGUACAAGAAGAAAUCUAGUACUCCUACAAGUGUAAAUGGGAUAUUGUACUUUGAGAUUUAAAUUUUAUUUUUAUAAAUUAUUUUGAGAUGUUGUAUCAUCAUAACUUAUAAGCUGUAGGCCAUGUGUUGUAGGUGUAGUGAGCAUUUGUUAAUUGUUAUACGAGACAGAUAAGCAAAAUCAAAAACUGUCUCCUAAGUUUGUCAAAGCUCUUCUUCUUGG